AUGUCCUCGAUGCGGGCCAUGCAGGUCAUGCAGUCCGGCGAUCGAGCGCCGCCGUCGCCUGAAGCAGGCCAGGCUCGAGCGCGGCUUGUGAAUGACCAGAGCUCGGGUGAAGGGGCCACCAUCAACGAUGGUACCGCCGAAGAGGGUGGCCCCGACGAUGUGGCCCAGUCUGUGGCGACCGGGGCUCGAUCAGGCGCUCGAGUGGCGGAUCACUUUCGACAGGCGAUCAGCUUUGGCCGAGCCGCCUUCUGCCGCGCCACGCACUCCACCCUCUCGGACGAGACGGCAGACGACUCGAGCCUGGCCGGUGGUUGUCUCGUCGGCGCUGGCGGCGGUCGAGGUCUCGUCUCGAGGGUGAACGUCGUGGCGACGGGAGCCGGUUGGCUGAGGCCGCGCUGUCUCACAGAAGAGAUACAGGCGGUGAUGAACAAGCACUAUCAGAUGACCGGGAUUCGGUUUGUCGGCUCCAUCAGUUCCGUCAAUCCGCUUCUGCCUUUAUCGACGGUCUCGAACCCGUCGAGUGGACUUCUCGCAGCACCCGGUCACAGCAUCGAGGCCUAUCAAGACUUGGAUCGUCUGAUCGACUCGCCCCUUCAGCUGCCUCGACUCCUCAAGAAGUCGGUCAGCCUGUUCUACCGAAAACCGUUGAGGCGUCGAGGCCAGACGGGUCUUCCGAUGAAGCAGAUGAGCCUGUUGCACCGUCGUCUGGCCCCACGUCGGCAAACCGCUGCUUCCGUUGCCACACCGACCAGCCUCGGAGGCGAGACAAUCAGGCCGGCCGAUCGGUCGUGCACGGCAGAAGCCCUCAUCAAUACAGACUAUCCUGUUAGUUCUGACUGUCGUCUGGACAUGUUGACAAAUAUACGAAGAAAAGUUGGGUUUCGAGGAAUAUCUUGUUUCAUAAUUGUUGAGCUUACCUCCAUUUCGAGUGGAAGUGUUGGGUGA